CCAGAGAGGGACCCAAGCACGCAGCACGUCGUGGCCCACUCGCCGCACGACCGCGCCGCAGAGGAUCCCACCUCUGCCAUCACGCCAAAGCCGCCGCCGCCGCCUCGUGCCCACCUUCAAAUACGGAGGCGUUUCCCUCCCUCCCUCUCCCAGCUCGCCACUCCCCUCAACAUCUCUCCCCCGGCCUCCCAUCUCCACCUCGCCGCCGUCUCGUCUCGUCUCCCCUCCUCGCGCCGGCGCCGGACCAAGGAACGCCGAGGCAAACGCGCCAUGCUCCCCACGCCGUCCUCCUCGUCGGCGUCGCUGGCGCCGGCGGGCGCGCAGCAGGGGCUCCCCAGCGGCGCCGCCGCCGCGUGGGCGUCGGACGGCGCCGCCCCCUCGCACCACCAGCUGGCCAUCAGCAACGGGGUGCUCCUGGCCGCGGUCAUCUUCCUCUUCAUGGUCGUCGUCUUCGUCUUCCUGCUCUACCUCUACGCCAAGCGCUACCUGGGCACCAACCCGCUGCUGGCGCCGUCCUCCCGGUUCCUCUUCGUCGCCGCGUCCCCGCUCCCGCAGCGCGGCCUGCCCGCCGCCGUCCUCCGCUCCCUCCCCGUCACGGUCUACGGCGCCGCCCGCUCCCCCGGCUCCCCAGGCAAGGACCGGCUCGAGUGCGCGGUGUGCCUGUCCGAGGUGGCCGACGGCGAGAAGCUGCGGACGCUGCCCAAGUGCGCGCACGCCUUCCACGUGGAGUGCAUCGACAUGUGGUUCCAGUCCCACGACACCUGCCCGCUCUGCCGCGCCCCCGUCGGCGCCGACCUCGGCGCCCUGCCGCGGGAGGACCCCGCCGCCGCGCCGCUCGAGUUCCCCGUCUUCCCCACCAACGUCCUCUUCUGGGGCACCCACGACCAGGUCGCCAACGCCGGCCCCGCCCCUCCGGCCGCGGCGGCACUGCCUCCCCCCAUCGCCGGCACCUCCGCCACGAGCUCCUCCGCCUCCGGCCGCCGCAAGGAGAACCUGGUCAUCGACAUCCCGACGCGCGCCGUGGCCAUCAACACGCCGCCCAUGAACUCCCCGCUGCCGACGAGCCGGAUGCCCGGGAUCGCCGACGAGAUGCGGUCCCCGGUCUCCGCCCGUCUCCGGUCCCUCCGCCGCCUGCUGAGCCGGGGCAAGCAGGCCGUGGUGGGCACGUCAUACAGCCCGCGCGCCGCCGCCGCCGCCGGGGACAUCGAGCAGGGGCUCGCCGGAACCGAGGCCGGCCGCCCGCCCAAGACCCCCAAGACCCCGAACUGAUUCGUUGGGAUCCCCGAGCUCCGGGUCGCAUUUGGCCGACCUCGGCCGAUCACCGGAGCCGCGCAGACAUGUGUUCAUUCUUUCUUUCUUCUCUCUCUCUCUCUCUCUCUCCCCCCCCCCCCCCCCCCCCCCCUCUUCUCUUCUCGAUUUAAAAAGGAGGAAUUUUGGCUCAAAAUUCUGAUCUGUAAACAAAAGCAGAGACAUCGGAGUUGAUUGGUUCGUAGUGUUGGUGGAUGCAGUAAUUGACCAAUUUGUUCAUACAUGUUGCCGGGAUCGUUCUUCAACUUUUUGACU